ACAUUUGGGGGGGUGCACAAUUCAAUCCAUAAGUGGGGAUUGAGUUUAUGCUGAGCGCGGUGGAAUGAUUUGGAAAAGGAUAGCAAGAAUGGUUGCACAACCUGAAGAACAUAAUCAAUGUCAACGAAGUGUACAUGUAGAAAUUGUUGAGUUGGCAUAUGUUUUGCUAUGUAUAUUUUCACGACAAUUAAAAAAAAGUGAUGCAGGGGAGGACUUCAGGAACCAACAACUGUGUCUGCCUCUAAAGUACAAGCAUGUCUCAUUUGGCCUCUCCACAGUGGCAAGCGACCAUGGGGGAGAAUCGCACCCAAGUUUCUCUGUUCCUCCUGAUGGGCCUCACACAGCAGGAAGGGCUCAAGAGCAUCCUCUUUGUGCUCUUCCUACUCAUCUACUCAGUCACCCUUGUGGGAAACCUGGGCAUGAUCACCCUGAUCCACACAGACCCACAGCUCCACACACCCAUGUACUUCUUUCUGAGCGUUCUCUCCUUCAUAGACUCCUCAUUCUCCACAGUAGACACCCCCAGGCUUCUAGAGAGCUUCUUCACUUCAAGCCAGUCCAUCUCCUUUACGGGCUGUGCUGUCCAGAUGGCCUUCAUGACUCUCCAUGGUACUGCUGAGUUUCUGCUCCUAGCCAUCAUGGCCUAUGACCGAUUCACUGCCGUCUGCCACCCUCUGCUCUACCACACUAUCAUGUCCCAACAUCUGUGUGUCCAGCUGGUGGCAUCUUCCUAUGUUGCUUCCAUUGUCAAUGCAGCUCUGCUGACUGGGAACAUCUUCAGGCUGCCCUACUGUGGCCCCAACAUCAUUAACCACUAUUUCUGUGACAUCCCCCCUGUACUCAAACUUGCCUGUGCAAACACGACUGAGGUUGAGGCUAUCAUCUUCUCAUCUUCUGCCCUGCUUUUCCUCUUUACCAUCACUGUUAUCCUGGUCUCUUAUGCCUACAUCCUGGUAACCAUCUUAAGAAUGCACUCCCUGGAGGCCCAGAGAAAAGCCCUCUCCACUUGUGCCUCCCAUUUCACCGUCAUCUCCCUCUUAUAUGGCACCACCAUCUUCACGUAUGCUCAGCCAAGCUCUCGCAGUUCCAUGGAACAGAACAAGAUCGUGUCUGUCGUCUACACAGUUGUCAUCCCUAUGCUGAACCCUCUGAUCUACAGCCUGAGGAAUAAAGAUGUAAAGAUUGCUUUCAAGAGGAGAUGCCUUGGCAAUUUGUCUCCCUAACCAAGCGUAUGUACAGGGUUUUGUUUAAACACAUGCUUUCAAUUCUUUGGGGUAUAUAUC